UCUCAUUUCAUGGAUAGAUUGUCAUUAAACCCUAACUGUGAUUCCGGAUUGAUAAUGUUAGUUUAUGAUUUUAUUACUUUGAAUCUGCAUAUUCCAUCUCUUGGCUCUCUGCACAGUGGGAUCGGAAAGGACUUCGGAAAAGAAGAUGAACGAAAAGGAAAAUUUGAAGAUCAUCCAGUGGGAAGAUUUUGAGCAGGAGGUCGUUCGACUAUGGAGCCUUUCAACUGUGCUUAACAAAGCUAAGGAGAGGAAGAGUUUACUGGAAAAGCAACUUGAAUCACUCAUCCAUGUAAAAGCAGAAUCACUAAGUAGGUCAAAUGAGGUGGAGGAGAUGCUCGAUAAAAUGAGGGCUCGGAAGUUGGUGAUGGGAAAAAUGUUGAUGUAUUCAAAAGUUGUUUCGGAGGAUGUGAGGAACCAAGAGGAGGAGCUUAAAAUUGAACUUGGAUCACUUCUAGUUGCUGCAAAAUCUCUUUGUGUGGCGAGUAAGCAAUUGCAGGAGGAAAAUAGGUUACUAGUUGGACAAAGAGGUCACAGUCAGCUUAAAAAUUUGCUGAAGUUGUUAGUAAAAAGGCAACAAUAUAUGAUAAGCCAGGUUUCCACCCUUUACCCUGUGAAGCCAUCAGCUGAAUCAACAUGUGCAGUAAAGCUUGACUCAUCUUCUAAUGGCACCAAAUUGGGGAAUUCCUCAAAACCUCUUGAUCCAAGAUCCUUGACCAUUUUGGGUCUGGAACAUACUUCACAUUCUUUGAAGAUGAUGAAAUUUUUCAGUAAGGAAGAGGUUAAGAAAUCUGCAAGUUCUUUGGGAUAUGUUGCACAUGCAGUUUCACUUAUUGCUUCUUACUUAGAUGUUCGUUUGCGAUACCCUCUUCGCUUUGGAGGUUCAUACUCAUGUAUCAUAGACAAUGCACCUUCAAUUGAUCCAGUGUCCGAUUCAACGCCAAAUUUAUUACCUUCCGCAGAUUAUAAGCCUACAGAAUUUCCUCUCUUCCUAGAAGGCCAAGAUACGACUAGAGCAGCUUAUGCUAUAUUCUUGUUGAACAAGGAUUUAGAGCAGUUACUGAAUUUUGUUGGGGUUAAGAGUCUGGGGCCACGUCACAUAUUGGCAAAUUUAAAUGAGCUCUUGAGGACUAUACAAUCUCUGGAAAUAUAGAGUGAUGUGAUAAUCUUCGUAGUAUUAACCCCGACUGACUGCUAUUAGGGUGCAUAUUUUACUGGAGCACCUUGAUUGUAAAGCCCUGUAAGAAGUCAUGCCGAAUGAAAAUGAAAAUUGUAUUUCACAAAGUGAAUCAUACUUCUUGAUUUUACAGCUGUAAAUAGGGUGACUUAAACCUUCAGAUAUUUUGCACUCUGUUACAAAACCUAAUAAUAUUUGUUGUGGCAAGCUUAUCAUAAA